UCUAAGUCUCACUAUUUUUGGUACCAAGUUUUUGAUGUCUUCGACAAUAACCGAUUCGUCCCAAACAAAGAUUGGAAAAGUUUUCUUAAGGUCAUUAUUUUAAAGAGACCCACACAAUGGGGCAGGCAUGACAAAAAGGGAUUAUUGGAGCACCAAGAUCUUCCGCUUGAACACAAGGAGCAGUUGACAAAAUUGCACGCAAACGUGUUGAGCCAACUUCCAGAAAAUUUGGGAGCUGGAACCUAUGUUCCUGGAACCAAAGGAAUUGUCUUUGUUGGGGGUGGUAUGUUUCUGUAUUUGGCAUAUUUGGCCAUAGUACAAUUGAGAGACAACGGAUCUGAGUUGCCUGUUGAAGUUGCCCUUCCAACAUUGGAAGACUACAAAAAUGAAUACGAGUUCUGUGAAAAGAAUUUAUUAGCUGUUGGUGCAAAAUGCGUCGUCAUAGAAGACAAGUUUGGCACUGCAGUCUCCAGAAAAUGGAAAUUUUCUGGUUAUCAAUACAAGGUAGCAGCUAUUUUAAGUUCCACAUUUGAAAAGGUAUUUCUCUUUGAUGCAGAUGUUAUGACCCUCGCUAACCCUGAUUAUUUGUUCGAAUCAGAUGUAUUCAAAGACCAUGGCUUGCUCUUGUGGCCAGAUUUUUGGUUCCGCCCACAUUCUCCAGAUUUCUACGAAGUGGCUAAACUCCAAGUUAAUGAAAAACUUCGGGUUAGAUACAAACAAUUUCCUCUCAUGCAUUCAGUUGAAGUUGACGAAAAUGAUAAGAUCAACUUCCAUGAUAAAGAAGGUGCUAUUUCAGAUUAUUCUACAGAGUCGGGUGAAUUGAUUGUAGACAAAAAGUCGCAUGGAAAGAUGAUGUUAAUGACCUUAUACUACAAUUUGCUUGGACCUGAUAUCUACUUUGAUUUCUUCAGUCUUGGGUCUUCAGGAACAGGAGACAAGGAUACAUUUUCCAUAGCUGCAACUGUUACCAAUUCUUCGUACUAUCAGUUAAAAUCACUCCCCUACCAGAUGAGAUUCAUCAACGACAAGCAGGAAUCGAAGAAGAUUGCCCAUUUGUUGAAAGAACCUGUACAAGAUUAUAAGUUGUUUAGAAGUGAAAUGGAAAGACUUCUGGAAAUUGAUAGCAAGGGAGAAUACUCAAUGGAGGAACAGAUUGAAAUGCUUGCAGAAACUGAGAAAAAAUAUUUUUCUCAUGAAAGCGAAAUACCCAAUUUUUGCAUUCAUUGUAAUUUUUACAAAUUUAACCCGUUCACGAAAGAUGGACAUGUCCAAGAUAAACACGAGAGGUUGUUGUACAGAGAAUACAAUAAUUUAACGUACACAAUUGAAGAUGAAGAGAUAGACUUCGAGUUGAAAAGAUGGUCCAUUGUCAAGCAAGCUUUAUGCGACGAUAAGAUACAGUUCUAUGCUAUUCACGACAAAGACGUAGAUAAUGCUUGUCACUACGUCCAAUCGACUAUUGAUUGGUUA